AACGAAAUGAGUAAGUACUCAUUAACUGUGUAAUAAUAGGUUUAAUUGAUUGUUAAAUAUUUGCUAGAUUUCUCCAAGUACUGGACUUUCAUUGAACUGUUUUGCGAAGCGCUGGAACCCGUUUUCUUUUUAUCGACCAGUUUGCAAAGAGAGCAUGUACCACUGUCUGAGUUCUAUGCAGAAUGGUUGAUUUGCCAGGCGAAGCUUAGCUCCUUUGCUGCGAACCACUUAGCAAAAAAACUUCUAAUUGCAAUGGGAAAGCGAUUGCAAAAACUAACCGAGACGGCUCAAUUUAAAGCGUGUCUAUAUAUUGACCCACGCUUUAAUUAUAUCGGGUCAAAUCGAAUGUCUUCUGCCGAUAAAGAACUUGCCCAGAACUACUUGCUUGAACUAUGGGAACGGCUGAAUGAGUUGGAUGGCAUAGGAGUCAAAGAAACAUCAUAUCAAUCGAAUCAUGAUGAAUCUAACGAUUUUGUUGAACAGUAUUUGAACAAAUACUUUGAACGCGAUACUCCGGGGUCUAGUGGACAAGCGCUACCUGCAGACGACAAGAUUUUGCAGCAGAUAAAGGAGUUGGAGUUAAGACCCAAAGUACGCAUGCAUAGCUUACCAACAGAAGAUCGAUUUGACAUCGUGCAAUACUGGAAUACUAUGCGCACGAGUCACCACGACGUACACAGACUGGCAGUUGCAAUUUUAUCGGCUCCAUCCACGCAGGUCACUGUCGAGCGCGCAUUCAGCGGAUUGAAACUGGUGUUGACCGACCAACGUCAAAACUUGAGUGAUCAUCGAAUUCAAGACUUGAUGAUUUUGAAGUUGAACCACGAUUUACUACCUGUGAUUGCCGAAAAACUAUGUGCUGAUAUGUGCUAA